CCCAACUCAGUAAGAGAAGUUUGAAGACACAGCCAUUCAUUGUGAACCACAUGGUGACUCAUAUCACGGCAGCCAGCUAGUGAAGAUGACUGGGAUUAUUUCCAUGCCUCCCUCUUGUCCCCAUGCCUGUUUACGCUCAUCUGUGCUACGCUCCUCUGGCUCCCAGCCACCCCGCAGUAUUUAUAGCCAUACAGCGGUAAUCAUCACUCAAGGAAUCCUCGCGAAAUCAUCCUCAAACCACUAAACUUGGACUGAGUGAGAGGCUGAAUUUAGGAUCCACCUGAUCGGAGCUCUCUGACGAUGAAGGAGCGCUCGCCACCUCAAGCAUUAUGGUGAAACUGCCAACUCCAGGCUUCUGUAGAGAUGCUCACCAGUUCAGACCAGUCCCUCUCCCUCUCCCUUUCACCCAACCUCCACUCUCCCUCCAGCUGUGGUCGGCGGGGGGAGACACACAUCCAGUCCUCCCUGUCUCUCCCUGAACCUGAGCCCUGGCGGAAAUCCAGCUCUGCCUCCCGUCCUGGCCUGGCACAGGGAGCUCGCUCCUCCUCCCUGCAGGUCCCUCAUGCCGUCCCUGAAUGCCUGGGGUUGCCCCCUCGAGCAGCCAGCUUUGAUGUGCCUUGUGGUCGGGAAGAGGGCUCGUCCGACCAGGGCUCGGGGUCUCUGAGCCCCCACGGCAUGCUGCGACGGCGCGGGGGGCUCGUGGAACAAAAGGACAUCAUCAUGGCCCACCAGGCUCACAAAAUACAGAGCACGCCGCAAGCCCGCCGGAAGGAGUGGGAAAUGGCUCGGUUUGGAGACGAGUCCGCUCCCACCACGGUGGACCCCGGGGAUGGGGACUUGGAGCGCGGCGGCGACGGACAGGACGCGGCGGCGGCUGGACUCACGGCUUCCAUGAAACAAGCCAAGGCGCAGCGGGCCAGGACCAUGGCUCUGUACAACCCAGUGCCUCACCGGCAGAACUGCCUCACCGUCAACAGGUCGCUCUUCAUAUUUGCAGAGGACAACAUCAUUAGGAAAUACGCACGGCGAAUAAUUGAAUGGCCACCAUUUGAGUACAUGAUCCUCGCCACCAUCACCGCGAACUGUGUUGUCCUGGCCUUGGAGCAGCACCUCCCUGGAGAGGAUAAGACCCCCAUGGCAAAGAGACUGGAAAAGACAGAGCCAUACUUCAUUGGGAUAUUCUGCUUUGAAGCGGGGAUCAAGCUGGUGGCGCUUGGUUUUGUUUUCCAUAAAGGCUCCUAUCUGAGGAACGGCUGGAACGUCAUGGACUUCAUAGUCGUGCUCAGUGGGAUCCUGGCCACUGCUGGUGCCCACAUGAACAUCCCAGUCGAUCUUCGGACCCUGAGGGCUGUGCGAGUGCUGAGACCACUUAAACUCGUCUCUGGGAUCCCCAGCCUGCAGAUUGUGCUGAAGUCCAUCAUGAAGGCCAUGAUCCCGCUGCUCCAGAUCGGCCUUCUCUUGUUCUUCGCCAUCCUCAUGUUUGCCAUCAUCGGUCUGGAGUUCUACAGUGGGAAGCUCCACCACACCUGCCUGCCAUCAGAUGACAUUCUUGACAAUGAGACUGUUGACUCAACAGAGCUGGCAUUUGCUUGCGGAGUGAGGAAGUGUCCAGAGAAGUACGACUGCAACGACACCUGGAUCGGGCCCAAUGAUGGCAUCACGCAGUUUGACAACAUCCUGUUUGCUGUUCUCACCGUCUUCCAGUGUAUUACCAUGGAGGGAUGGACAGCCGUUCUCUAUAAUACCAAUGAUGCCUUGGGUCCUACAUGGAACUGGAUGUACUUCAUUCCUCUCAUCAUUAUUGGCUCAUUCUUUGUCUUGAACCUAGUGUUGGGUGUCCUGUCUGGAGAAUUUGCCAAGGAGAGAGAGAGGGUGGAGAACCGGAGGGCCUUCAUGAAGUUGCGUCGCCAGCAGCAGGUGGAACGAGAACUGAAUGGCUAUCGAGCCUGGAUAGACAGGGCAGAGGAAGUAAUGCUCGCAGAGGAGAAUAAAAAUUCAGGGAGGUCACCGUUAGAUGUGUUAAAGAGAGCAAGUAAGAAGACGGGUGCACGACGAGGAGCACCGGGGGAUGACAAGUAUACAGACAUGUCUACUGCCAGCAUGUCGAGAUCAAGGAUGAACUUCCGCAGCGGCCGUCGUGGCCCGGCUGCCUACCUGCGACGUAAAGAGCGCAUGUUGCGUAUCUCCAUCCGCCGCAUGGUGAAGACCGACACUUUCUACUUGAUGGUGCUCAGCCUGGUUGCUCUCAACACCAUCUGUGUGGCCAUCGUCCACCACAACCAGCCCAACUGGCUCACCAUCUUCCUCUACUAUGCAGAAUUUGUUUUCUUGGGGCUGUUUCUGGCUGAGAUGUUUUUGAAAAUGUAUGGCCUGGGUUUCCGGCUCUACUUCCAUUCAUCUUUCAACUGCUUUGACUGUGGGGUCAUCGUUGGCAGCAUCUUUGAGGUGGUUUGGGGCUUCUUCAGGCCUGGAAUGUCGUUUGGCAUCAGCGUACUGAGGGCGUUGAGACUACUGAGAAUUUUUAAGAUCACAAAAUACUGGGCCUCUCUCAGGAACCUGGUUGUGUCCCUCAUGAGCUCCAUGAAGUCCAUUAUCAGCCUGCUUUUCCUCCUCUUCCUCUUCAUUGUGGUGUUUGCUCUGCUGGGAAUGCAGCUUUUUGGAGGGAGGUUCAUCUUUGAAGAUUACACUCCCACCAACUUUGACACGUUUCCAGCUGCCAUCAUGACAGUGUUUCAGAUUCUGACUGGCGAGGACUGGAACGAGGUGAUGUAUAACGGCAUUCGCUCGCAGGGAGGCGUACAGUAUGGCAUGUGGUCAUCGAUCUACUUCAUAGUGCUCACACUGUUUGGAAAUUAUACACUGCUGAACGUCUUCUUGGCCAUCGCUGUGGAUAAUCUGGCCAACGCACAGGAGCUGACAAAGGAUGAAGAAGAGGAAGAGGAGUUCUUUAACCAGAGGUACGCCAGAGGAAGAGAUGGCUUAAUAUCGGAUGGCAGAAGAAGACCCUACCUAUACAGGAAACGGGCGAUCCACAGGGGGCGACCAACCUUCCCAGAAGAUCCAGAUGGUGCGCCAGGCGCCGCAGAUGAGCAGCCGCUUAAUGGUUCCAGUGCCUUCGCCAACCGCCGCGAGAGGAGAAGGAAAGUUAACAUGUCUGUGUGGGAGCAGAGAGCCAACCAGCUACGCAAGCGUCGUCAGAUGGCGAGCAGAGAGGAGCUGUUUAGCAGCCCGACGGAGGACACCAUGGAAACUCCCACCAUCCCUCACCACAGCGCCGCCCUUUCACCAGAGGCCAGCCCGGCUCACCUGCCCGAGUCACCCAUGUCGGUGGGGAUGCCUCUACCUGAGCCCCCAAUGUCCAUCUCCAUCCCCAUCCCUGAGCCUCCGACGGCAGAGCCUCUGGUAAGCCUGGGUGAUGAGAAAACGGGAGGCGCAAACCACCGGACUACAGGCGGAGGCAGACACAGGAUGGCCCGAAAGUUCAGGUCCAGUCAGGGGCCAGAGGAAGGAGCCCGGCACAGACGUCACCGUCACCGCGAAGCCCGCCCUGAGGCCAAGAGUCUGGACUGUACACAGCCACCGCAUGAAGUGCUACAUCCCAGACGGUCGCUCAGCCAGGAGAGGAAGAUACUGGAUGAGAGGGAGGAGAAGGAUGAAAGAGAGGAGAGAGCAGAGGGAGAAGGAGGGUCAGCCCAAGAUGAUGGUGGAACAUGCAUCGCCAAUCCAUAUGUAGACGUUGGGGAUGAUUGUAGAAGAGCUGCUGGGUCAAGCACCGACAUUCCCGAUCCUCCUCAGUGCGAACAGCUGCUGGACUGUAGCUGGUCAGAGCAGGGUGAGGGCGGUCACUCAGAUCAGUACGAGCCGCUGUGCCAAAACAUCCCAGUGGAGACGGCUCUAGAGGCCACAGAGUACACCGUGAGUGCCAUCGAGUCUGAGAACCGCCCCGUGUCCCUCAAACGUGACAAGUCCAACCUGGAGGGCAGCGUCGCCAUCGAAAUGUCCGCACAGCCGCUUCUGGAGCUCACGCCAAUGACAGUGAACAGUAAGGAGUUGGAGGCAUAUCAGUCUGAUCCGAACGAUCAAGAGGAGGAGACAGAGGAGGAGGAACCCCACAUUCCUCCUAAACCUGUAGCUCCAGACAGCAUGUUUAUCUUCAAGGCCUCCAACCCCAUCAGGAGGAUUUGUCACUAUGUGGUCACUCUGCGCUACUUUGAGAUGACCAUCCUCCUCGUGAUUGUGGCGAGCAGCAUUGCACUGGCGGCCGAAGACCCCGUGUGCACGAAUUCAGAUAGAAACAAGGUCCUUCGAUAUUUUGAUUAUGUCUUCACUGGAGUGUUCACCUUUGAAAUGAUCAUCAAGAUGAUAGACCAGGGUCUCAUUCUGCACGAUGGCUCUUAUUUCCGAGACAUGUGGAACAUCCUGGACUUCAUUGUAGUGGUGGGAGCUCUGAUUGCCUUUGCUCUAACAAACAACAAAGGUCGAGACAUCAAAACAAUAAAGUCCCUCCGAGUUCUGAGGGUUCUGCGGCCUCUUAAAACCAUCAAGAGACUUCCAAAACUCAAGGCAGUUUUUGACUGUGUGGUCACGUCCCUGAAGAACGUCUUCAACAUUCUCAUUGUCUACCAGCUCUUCAUGUUUAUCUUUGCUGUCAUUGCAGUGCAGCUCUUUAAGGGGAAGUUUUUCUAUUGCACUGACAGCUCCAUGAAUACGGAGAAGGAAUGCCAAGGUUACUACAUUGACUACAGCAGAGACAAAAAAGAGGUGAAGAGGAGAGAGUGGAGGCGACACGAGUUUCACUACGACAACGUCUGCUGGGCCCUGCUCACACUUUUCACUGUCUCAACUGGAGAAGGAUGGCCUCAGGUCCUCCAGCACUCUACCGAUGUUACGGAGGAGAACAUGGGGCCGAGUCGCGGGAACCGGAUGGAGAUGUCCGUUUUCUACGUGGUGUACUUUGUGGUCUUCCCGUUCUUCUUCGUCAACAUCUUUGUGGCCCUGAUCAUCAUUACCUUCCAGGAGCAAGGUGACAAGAUGAUUCAGGAGUGCAGUCUGGAGAAGAAUGAGAGGGCUUGUAUUGACUUUGCCAUCAGCGCCAAGCCGAUGACCCGCUACAUGCCUCAGAACAGACAAACCUUCCAGUACAGACUGUGGCACUUUGUGGCGUCGCCCUCCUUUGAGUACACGGUGCUCGUCAUGAUCGCCCUCAACACGGUUGUUCUCAUGAUGAAGUACCACUCGGCCCCAACAGCUUACGAUACAGUUCUAAAACACCUAAACACAGCCUUCACUGUCCUCUUCUCCAUGGAGUGUAUACUCAAGAUCAUGGCAUUUGGUUUUGUGAACUACUUUCGAGACACUUGGAAUAUUUUUGAUUUUAUUACUGUUCUUGGCAGCAUCACGGAGAUAAUUGUGGAUUUACAGUCGGUGAACACCAUCAACAUGAGCUUCCUGAAGCUUUUCCGAACAGCCAGGUUGAUCAAGCUGCUGAGACAGGGUUACACCAUCCGUAUUCUGCUGUGGACGUUUGUGCAGUCUUUCAAGGCUCUUCCUUAUGUCUGUCUUCUAAUCGCCAUGCUUUUCUUCAUUUACGCCAUAAUUGGAAUGCAGGUGUUUGGUAACAUCAAGCUGAAUGACGAGAGUCACAUCAAUCAGCACAACAAUUUUAAGAACUUUUUCAGCGCAUUGAUGCUUCUUUUCAGGAGUGCUACAGGGGAGUCCUGGCAGGAGAUCAUGCUCUCCUGUCUGUCUGGGCAGGAGUGUGAACCAGACCCCUCCAUCGCCCCCUUCACUCUGUCUCCAGACCACGAGGGCGGCUGUGGGACUGACUUUGCUUACUGCUACUUUGUCUCCUUUAUAUUCUUCAGCUCAUUCCUGAUGCUGAAUCUGUUUGUGGCUGUGAUUAUGGACAACUUUGAGUACCUGACAAGGGACUCCUCAAUCCUGGGUCCCCAUCACCUGGACGAGUUUGUCCGAAUCUGGGGGGAAUAUGAUCGGCUGGCAUGUGGUCGUAUUCACUACACAGCUAUGUACGAGAUGCUAACACACAUGUCACCUCCCCUGGGCCUGGGUAAAAAGUGUCCUGCAAAGAUCGCCUAUAAGAGGUUGGUGUUGAUGAACAUGCCGGUGGACGAGGACAUGUCUGUCCACUUCACUUCCACUCUAAUGUCACUCAUCCGGACAGCUCUGGACAUCAAAAUAGCUCGAGGUGGUGAGGACCGUAUCGCUCUGGAUGCUGAGCUGCAGAAAGAGAUCAGUAUCAUUUGGCCUUAUCUGCCCCAGAAGACUUUAGACCUACUGGUACCUAUCAACAAAGAUACUGACAUGACAGUGGGGAAGAUCUACGCUUCAAUGAUGAUAAUGGACUACUUCAAACAGAAUAAAGCCAAGAAGCUCAGGCAGCAGCUGGAAGCUCAGAAGAGCAGUUUGAUGUUCAAGCGUCUGGACGCCUCGACCCUCCCCGAAGACAUUCUGUCCAACACCCAGCCGCUGCCAAUGAUGGCCCACAGUGCUGGUUCAGCCCUGACCAGAGGAGGCUUCGUGGCUUUGAGCCCCAUUUCGCCCCAGGAGCUGUUUUUGCAGCCCAUGAGCUCAGACACUGAUGCUGGUCAGCAGCAGAAUCCGGAUCCAGAGCUCCAGGUGGGCGAGUGCAGUAGGGGGAUUGAAGCCCCUCUGGAGCUCCCACUAGGGAGGGGCCUGUGUGUUCGGGCCUCUUCCAUGCCCCGUCUGGCUGUAGAGUUGCAGCAAGUGGAGGUUACAAGUGGAUCUAUAAAGCGUUCAGCCUCCACAGUUGGGGAUCAGCGCGUAAACGGACUUUGGCAGGAGGAGAAAAGUCCUGAGCGAGUGUAUCGUCCUCGUCACAAAAGCUACAAGGCUGCUGUUUCUCGGUCGGAGCGCUGGCAGCAAGGCGACGGGGAGCGCGGUCGGUCCAAGGAGCGCUGCCACCUUCUGUCUCCAGACACGUCUCGUUGUAACUCAGAGGAAAGAAGCUUGCAGCCCUCAAGAUCCUCCAGUGUAGAGAGAGAACACCCCCAAGACAAACAGGGCAACAGCUCGGACAGCCCGGUGCCCUCCACCUCCGAGUCCAGCACACCCAGCGGCCGACGGCCUUUAUCACAGACCCCGACCCGCUCUCGCCCUCACAUCUCCUACUCCCCGCUCGUGUGUCGCACACAAGCCUCCGUAGGCGAAGACGAGGAUGAACAGGGAAGCCCAGAGACCGUCAGGCGGGGCAAGCCCACAUGGGAGACCCAAGAGGGGGGCGCAGGUGAGAGGCGGAGCGAAGCCAGCCGACACCCUUCCCCACCUCGACGCUACCCCUCGGAGCCUUUCCUGGCUUCACAAGAGGACGACCACAGCCCAGACCCCUCUGGUCCCAUGGAGACGUUGACCUUCGAGGCGGCUGUGGCCUGCAGUCUGGGACGCUCGAACACCAUCAGCUCGGCCCGCCCACGCUUUCGGACUGGCUGGCAGGUCCCCAACGGACACUUUCGGAAGCGUCUGGCGCAGACAACCUCAGUCCCAGGCUGUGACCCUCUGAGUGACACAGAGGAGGACGACAGGUGCUAGAACAGGAGGCACAGCGAGGAGGAAGAGGAAGAGGAGGAGGAGGGAGAAUCCCAGAGAGGUGUUGGAAGCUGCUACACUGCAGCGUACAGAGUGAAGGUUAAUGUGACUCUUUUUGCAACAGUGCUUCAAGGCCGUGAGCCCUCUGGAUGUUUGGUACAAAAAAAAAAAAGUGCACCCAAAAUGACAAUGAACUUCCUGAAAUUGUAGUUGCCAAUUCACACAGAACACUGACAUUAAAUAAGGUCUAAUUCCUGACUUGUACUUGAUUGAAGAGAGUAAUAAUACAUCUCAGAUAGUCACAGGAUAGAGAAAAUUAAUGAAAUGAAUGGAUCAAAUUAUGUCAUUUGUGUUAAGUAUUUUCAUUUCUGGAGAUGUUUCUAAAUGAUUCAGUGUUGCUCUAAACAGUAUUUAUCUGUGGGGUGUGUGAAUAUGUAACUACAUUUUCUUAUAAAUUAGUUGUUUUGUAAAUACAUUGUGAUCAUCACACCAUUGCCAUUUAUUAGAAAAGAUCAAUACAAACAAGCCAUCAUGAAGAGGCAAUCUGAUACUUUACCAGACAAUGUGGAUACUAAUAAGUAACACUCAAUAAUGCUGGAUUUUUUUACAGUAUGAAUGAAUGUGCAGGGGAAAAACUGCCUGAUUUUCCCCUUUAUUUUUCUUUUUGGUAUUGACCUUAUUAAGUUGUGAGAUAUGAACACAGUUAUAGACUAACAUAGAAAAGAUGCUUACUUGUUAUUUCAACAUGCAUUCAUGUGAGUCAUGCCUCCACCAAACCUCAGAAUUUCUUAAUUCCUUUAAAACAGUCUUUUACUUUUUAUUUUUCACCACUCUUAACCCUUUAAAUGAGAAAUUCCCCAACAAUUAUAUUUCACGUUUUAGUUUGAGCAAAGUUGGGCAUGUAAUUUUACCACGAACUGAUAUGAAAACAAAGUCAUCUAUUUUCCUUUUUUUUUCUUCCUUGUGAAUAUUGUAUGAACCAUCGCGGACAAUGACUGUAGAGAAACUGCAGACACACCACGAUACAUUCUGCUUCAAAAAUCAACAUUACUCUAUUACUUACUAAUAAUGUACAGAGAAAUUAUGCUGUUUGUAACAUUUAGAGAGAGAGGAAAAAAAUAAAGAGUAUCAACUGAUGAGCUUUAAAGGUAAAGGAAUACUUGGAAACGUUCAUUUUAAGGUUUGUGUAAUUGUUUUAUUUGCCUGAAGAUGGCCAAUUCUGUGAAACUCACUUAACCAAAAACAUGGAGAUUUGUAUUAUAAGUUCCUGGAAUGCAAAUACUUUGUGGGUUUUUAUGUGUACAAUAGCUGUAUAUACAAAUAAAGGUGUCCUCAAGUUGCCACUGUUA